GGGUAGAGAACCGAGGCUCUGUGUGUCUCUGCUCCUGGGACCUUCCAGGCUGCCCUUCUUGCUUGAUGCGAGGAGAGACCUCCUGGGCUCCUCCCCAAACAGCAGUGCCUUUUUCAACAAGUAGAAUGCCGUGGCUUCAGGCAGGCCCCCCAGCUCCAAACUAUGUCUAUUGUCAGAGGACUGUUACUUUGGAUAAACAAGCUGCCUCUAAAAAAUCAGGUGACGACUCCAUCAGCACCCUGGGCCUGAUCCUCUGCGUGGGGCUAUCACUGCUGCUCGUGUCCAUCCUGGGCUACAGCCUGGCCAAGUGGUACCAGCGCGGGUACUGCUGGGAGGGGCCUAAUUUUGUCUUCAACUUGUACCAAGUCCGGAACCUGAAGGAGUUAGAGAUGGGUCCACCCUUCACCAUCAGUGGCCACAUCAGCAGUCCAGACGGCGGCUACAUGAAGUUCUCCGACAGGCUCGUCUGAUGAGGGGAGCGUCAGUGUUCUGCAGUCCCGGAGAAGUGAGUGGAAGGUUGGUGAGUUCCUGAGUGAGUCUGAUGUUCCAGCGUGGUCCUCAGAUAGUCCAGGCACCCAAGCCCAGCACCAGGGACUGCUUGGAAUCCAGAGAGGAUUCGGUUCAUCCCCCGCCUUCUGGGGAGUGGGUGCGGUAGGAGAUGGUCUCUGGUCAUGCUGUCCCCCCACCUCCUGCCAGCACCAGUCACUCCUUUGCCACCUGUCCACCUGAUCCAUGUCCCUUCUUUCUUUCCUGGGGAAGUUCUAUUUCUAAUCAGAUGGAAGCUUCUCGAGUAGGGCUUUCUAUCUCAAUCCUUUGCUCUGAGAUGAAAGUUCCAAAAGGGAACCCUCUUCAAGGAGCAUCACUGUAGUGCUCCUUUCUGAACUUUCUGAGCCCUGGAGCUGUCCCCGCUUCUGGGUGGCUGACCCUUUGGUCACACCCUUCCACGUCUGCCUUCAAGGCCACCCCGUCUCUGCAUCACAGUUGCUUUCUCCCAUCUAAACAUCUCCUCCCUCCAGCAGUCCCUCACGGACCCUCUGUUUCUCUCUCGCCGCCUCCUCACCGGAGCCCACACUCAGCUUCCCCAUGUGUUUCUCCCACUGUCAUGCUCCUCCGCCCGGAUGUGAUGGUUUAGAGGAAUCCUUCCCAAGACGUGUCUCUUUGUCACUGUCC